UGCAAAAACGAAGAAGAAAUGCGGAACCCUUGAAGGGGAAGACUAACUCAAACGGACACAGGCGGAAGAAUGGCCGACAUACCAGAAAAUGCUCCUGAACAAUGCCCAGGUACGGCAAGUGAGCAAGCAGGAAAGUCUGCUUCAUGUCAGGGCUGUCCCAACCAGAACCUCUGCGCCUCCGGAGCCACAAAGGCCCCCGACCCCGCUAUUGCAGAAAUAGGUGAAAAACUGUCAUCUGUCAAGCACAAGAUCCUGGUUUUGUCAGGAAAAGGAGGAGUAGGGAAGAGCACCUUCAGCGCUCACCUGGCCCAUGCCCUGGCAAGCGACAGUACAAAAGAGGUUGCUUUGCUAGAUGUAGAUAUCUGUGGUCCGUCAAUUCCCAGGAUCAUGGGCUUGGAGGGAGAACAAGUUCACCAGAGUGGCUCUGGGUGGUCUCCUGUGUAUGUCGAUGACAACCUGGCUGUGAUGUCCAUUGGCUUCCUGCUCAGUAGUCCGGACGAUGCAGUGAUCUGGAGAGGACCCAAGAAAAAUGGGAUGAUUAAGCAGUUCUUAAAGGAUGUGGACUGGGGGGAGCUGGAUUACCUCAUUGUGGACACUCCACCUGGUACCUCAGAUGAACAUCUUUCAAUUGUUCAGUAUCUGAGCUCCACCCCUGUAGAUGGAGCAGUCAUCAUUACCACUCCGCAGGAGGUGUCGCUGCAGGACGUGAGAAAGGAAAUCCGCUUCUGUCAAAAGGUUAAGCUGCCGAUCAUCGGCGUGGUGGAGAACAUGAGCGGCUUUGUCUGUCCAAAGUGCAAGAAUACAUCACAGAUCUUUCCACCCUCCAGCGGGGGUGCUGAGAAAAUGUGCAGAGACCUGAAUCUGCCUCUAUUAGGCAAAGUGCCAUUAGACCCAAGGAUAGCGCAGAGCUGCGAUGAGGGCAAGUCUUUUCUCAACCAAGUGCCUGACUCUCCUGCUGCCAAGGUCUACCAGAACGUUGUACAAAGUAUUCAGGACUACUGUUUGAACAGAGCGACGGAGGUGCAGAGUGCAACCUGACCUCCAUCGAGUUGGACCUGAAAAUGGAGACAAAAGCAUGGUAGUCCCAAGUGGUAAAAUGUUUGCUUUUUGAGAAGGAAUUGAGUUUUUUUUUUACAACACGUAUGGUCUAAAUUCAACCUUUUAUUGCACUGAAUAGUGUCUGUUUUGGAUAUUGUUCUUUUUCCCAGUGUUAAUGAUUAAAAUAUUGGCAACUUGUUUUAUUUUUUCUUGGAAAUUAUAAUUAAAUGAGCGUCUAAGAAA